GACAGGCUGGGCGAUCUAUACCAGAACUGAAUUGCUGGUUAGAGAGGUUUUCCUUAAUUUUUAUUAUUUAUUUUCGGUGUUCUAUUUUGUUGUUGGUAUUGUUAGUGCACUCUAGUUUAGAAACAAUUCAACAGGAAUUUAAAUUUCGUUUCAAUUUUUAUUUGCUUUUUCAUAUACACCCAAAUGGAUAGAUCUAUUUAGAGUAGAUCCAUUUCGACUUAGUUGCUCCGUCAUCUUUCUCGAGAAACUCGCCAAUGCAGAAGCUUGCAGCUUACAUGUACAAGAACCCAAUCGGGAAUGCAUAGUUUAACGCAUUGACAGCAGGAAGUCGGCAUUCAGGGACACCCAACGGACGUGUGCAGCCAGUUACACUUACGUUUCUUUACGAUCGCCUUCUGCUUUUGGGCAAUUGGAGACGUUUUAGAACUGACGUAGUAAGGCGUCCAAUACUGACGUGAACAGAUCGAAUGGCUGUCAUUAGAGGCCUCCUUUGCUUCCCAUUUCUACUUGUUAUCGUUGAAUUAUUUCAAGGAGCGGCCACUCAACAAUUGCAAUGUCCAGGUGGCGGUGCUGAAUAUUCUACUUCGGGAAUGAUGCUUGAGCGACACGUCUUUAAAACAAUUCAUGUAUCAUUCGGAUAUGAGUGCUUACAGGCGUGUCAUCAGGAGAUCACGUGUCAGAGUUUUAAUUACGUCAUUUCUCAGUCUGCGUGUGAGCUCAACAAUCGCACCAAAGAAGCAAGGCCUGAGGAUUUUGUGCCUAACACCGACAGAUAUUAUUUUAGACGAGACAGGAACAGAGUCCCUCUCGGUUCAAUUCCCGAGCUGCCAGCUGAAACCUGUACAGAGAUCAAGACGAGUGAAGGCGGACAAGCGGUCAGUGGCAAAUACUGGUUUGACAAGUAUAAAACAGGAAAAUCUGUGCUCACUCAUUGUGACAUGGACACCGAAGAUGUUGACGAGUGCAAAGCCUCAAGCCCCGUAUGUGACGUCAAUGCUAUUUGUCAGAACCAGCUUGGCUCGUAUCUUUGCUCUUGUAAAACUGGCUUCACUGGAGAUGGAAAAACUUGCUCUUGUAAGAGUAACUGGGUAGAACACCCAAGUGGGGCGUGACUUGGUGUUUUGUGGUUCGCAGGAAAAUGAAAUUGUUUGCUUUAGAGCGCGUGAUUAGGUCACGUGAAAAAACAGGAUGCGUGACAGUAGUUAUUACGUUACCGAGGGCAAUGCCCGUUGUAAUAUGACAGGUGUUCGUGGCGAUAGCUGACUUAAUCAUGUCCUAGUACGCUGGCCCGAUGUAGGUAGUUAAAAUUGAACUUCAAUUUAACCAAUGAACGCUUGCUAUGUAUUCUAAUCCGCUGAGAUCAACUUUUCAGAGAGAGAGAUAAACUUAUUAUCUGCUUCGAAAAAAUAAACAACGCGCCAAUCUAAGCCGCAACGACAACAAUUCGUCUUAUCAAAAAAAAAUUAUAUAAAUAUUGAAAUUUUGACAUGUAGGGAAUUUUGUUUAUUAAACGAACGAAAUCGACUUAUAACU